CGGUGUCUAGGAGAUUGCAAGAAGAUGAUGCGGCUGAGCGGACUGAAUGCAUAAUUGGCCUAUCUUAGUCAUAGAUUUUCACUUGCCUUGUCCAGUUUCUUGCCAAAUUGCUGUUUAAUGUCGAACUGUAGCCGGCGCGGUGUAGAAACUUGAUUAGCGGUGACGGCAGGAGAAGGGAAGAAGGGGAGAAGAAGGAGAAGAGGAGCGGAGCGGUGACUGAGAGAGGAGUUGGGCAUCAAAUUGCACCGGAUGUCAUUACACGCUCUUAAAUAUCGAGGACUAUAAUCGAGACCAAAGGCAGAGCCAUGGAGGUUGUAACACAUUUUGUGAAUGACACUGUAGAAUUUUACAAAUGGAGCCUUACUAUAGCAGACAAGAGGGUGGAGAAGUGGCCCAUGAUGUCAUCUCCCCUCCCCACUCUGGCCAUCAGCUGCCUGUACCUGCUCUUCCUGUGGGCGGGGCCCCGAUACAUGCAGGACCGCCAGCCCUACACGCUCAGGAAGACCCUCAUAGUCUACAACUUCAGCAUGGUGGUCCUCAAUUUCUACAUCGCCAAAGAGCUCCUACUAGCCUCUAGAGCAGCUGGGUACAGCUACCUCUGUCAACCUGUCAAGUACUCCAAUGAUGUCAACGAAGUCAGGAUAGCAUCUGCUCUCUGGUGGUACUACAUCUCCAAAGGCGUGGAGUUCCUGGAUACAGUCUUUUUCAUCCUCAGGAAGAAGUUCAACCAGGUCAGCUUCCUCCACGUCUACCACCACUGCACCAUGUUCAUCCUCUGGUGGAUCGGCAUCAAAUGGGUCCCCGGUGGACAGUCAUUUUUUGGUGCAACCAUCAACUCUUCCAUCCACGUGCUCAUGUACGGAUACUACGGCCUGGCAGCCCUGGGACCUCAGAUGCAGAAGUACCUCUGGUGGAAGAAAUACCUCACCAUUAUCCAGAUGAUCCAGUUCCACGUGACCAUCGGCCACGCCGGCCACUCCCUCUACACAGGCUGCCCAUUCCCCGCCUGGAUGCAGUGGGCUUUGAUCGGCUACGCUGUCACCUUCAUCAUCCUCUUCGCCAACUUCUACUACCACGCUUACCGAGGCAAACCUUCAUCCACGCAGAAGGGAGGCAAGCCCGUCGCCAACGGCACCUCCGCGGUAACUAACGGUCACAGCAAAGCGGAGGAGGUGGAGGAGAACGGGAAGAGGCAAAAGAAGGGAAGAGCGAAAAGGGAGUAAAGAAGAAAGAGGGCGUGCUUGGCGAUUAACAGAGAGAGGACAGUUGUUUUAAAAAGGGCCAGAGAUGGAGGGAGGGGAGGGAUAAACAGCAGGUUCAAACCAGACCGGCCUCAUUAUCCCUGCAAAUAAUGUAGAAGGAGGUGAUGUUGGUGACCAACUUGGAAAGGUGGAAAAGUAGCAGUGUGUGUGUUUGUGGAUGUGUCUGUAAGGGUUUCUGGAUUUGAAAGGUUGUGUUGGUUGUCUUCCAUAGCAGUUUUUUUUUUUUUUUUUUUUUUUUUUAAAUCAAGAAAAAGCUAAAUGCUGACCACGUAGGAUCCGCGCUCAUCUGUCCAACUGGGGUUUUGGACUGUAGUAGGACCAAAGUAUUUAAAAUGGGCCUACAAGCUGCUCAGCAUCCAUUAACUUAUCAACCAAAAUUCACCUCCAACUUUUGUACUCUGGAUUCCAGUAUUAUUUUAACUGAAAGCUUGAAUAGUCUUUAAUAUGCUUAUUUAUUUUCUAGUGCUCUAAAAGAGUUUUAAUGAAUUUAACUAUUACCAACAAAAGAACAUGCAGAAGUUUAUACCAAAGGUUUAUUUUCUUGGUUCGGGGUUUUUUUCUUGUUUUAAGAAUACUUAGAGUAAAGUUAGCAAACAAAAGAAAAAGGUUACAAAUCUCACGACUGCCAUCUAUUGUAUUGAACUACUUUUUAAUUAUUCACACUAUCUACCAAUCCAACAUGUCAUGGACUUUACAUUUCUCUGCUGUCUCAAUCUGAAGUAACUGUGCUUUUUUGCACUUGCAGACAUUCUCUUUGUGUUCAUUGUGAAUUAAAACGUUGGUUUAAAACACUUUGGGAGGGGACUGUAGUUUUAUUUUAGUCUUUAUGCAAAUGUGUGGGUAUCUUUGUUAUGAUUUCUUUUUGUGGGUCCUCAUGAUUUAUUUCUUUUUGCUGUGCGAUGUAGCCGAGGUGCAAGAAUAAGAGAUUGAAUUUCAGCUCAGUACUGUCUCACUGCCAUGUAGGACUGAAGGGAAACCUGACAAGAGCUUCUUUUUUAUUUUAAAGAAAACAAAUGGUUAUUUCAUUGUCUUAUUAAGAAUCAAUAAACGACACAGCUUCGGGCUGCACAUAUAACUGAAAUAAAGACAAUGUCAGCACCCCAUA